AUGUUUUUGCAGUUUGAAUGGAGCUUGCAAUUUUUUAGACGAAAAAAUACACUUUUUCAGUUAGCGGCGGCGCUUGGUGGCUCGGCCAGUGGCAACCCUGUUUUGACAUCGUUGGUUAGUAGUGGCGUUAGAAACGUUCUCAGAUCGCCGGUGCAAACCGAACAGGAAAUGUUCAGUGUCGCAAACAGUGGGUUCGUGUAA